CUCUGCGUUGUCUACUCUAGCUCGCUGUUACGAUCCCCUUGGACUAAUGGGCCCUACGCUGACCAAGGCGAAGAUUCUUCUGCAACGCAUGUGGAGAGACAAGCUUGAGUGGGAUGAGAGUCUACCGCAAUCGUUAAACACCGCCUGGUCUGCCUUUUGCAGCGGGUUUGCAGACAUACAGCACCUAUCAUUUCCUCGUUACGUCUUGCAACCUGGGGCCAUUACAGAAAUUCAUGCAUUUUGCGAUGCAAGCCUUGAAGCUUAUGGGGCUUGCGUUUAUACGCGUUCAGCCAAGGAUAGUAAGGUACAAGUGCACCUGUUGUGUUCGAAGGCCCGUGUCGCUCCACUGAAGACUAUCACCGUGCCCAAGCUGGAACUCUGUGCAGCAACACUGCUGGCACAACUCAUGGAUUCCUCCACUGUCCUCUCGUGGCUGCGAGAAGAACCAUCGAAAUUUAACGUAUUUGUCGCUAACCGAAUUUCCACCAUACAUCAAUUAACGGAGGGCAUGCGGUGGCACUAUGUUCCGACAGCAAUGAAUCCGGCGGACAUUUUAUCCAAAGGAGCUACCCCGCAGGAACUUCUAGGAUCUUCACUUUGGAUGCACGGCCCGUCAUUUUUGCGAGAAGUGGAGGGCAGCUGGCCGCGCAUGUGUCUACCACAACCAAAACUUCCAGAACUUCGACAAAAGGUGUUGCUUGCCGCACAUAACCGCAAUGACAUUUCGCUUUCGUUCAAGUACAUUAAUUCAUUUGGAACAAUGCAGCGCAUUUUUGGGUACGUCAGCAAAUUUGUCAAUAUUACAACAUCGCCAAGCUCUUCGCAGCUCACAGCCGCAGAUAUUCACCAUGGAACUCAACUGCUUAUUCGCUUAGUACAAAGAGCGCAACUUUGGCCGGAGUACACGGCAUUACAGGCCAAUAAUUGCGUCCCGAGUUCGAGCAGCAUUGUUUCGCUAUCACCAUUUCUUGAUGACUUUGGAAUUAUUAGAGUCGGCGGGCGAUUAAAAAACUCUAUGCUUAGUUUUGAAUCGCGCCACCCAUGCAUUAUUCCGAAGGAUCAUCCACUGACAUUUAGUAUAAUAACCUUUUUUCAUCGCAAACAACAUCACGCAGGUCCUCAAGCUUUACUCGCCUUCAUUCGAAUGCAGUUUUGGCCCAUAGGUGGUCGGAAAACAGUCACUCGAGUCCUACAAAAAUGCAUUAUUUGCUGCAAAUCGAGACCGCGCCUUGUCGAGCACAUAAUGGCCGACCUGCCUAAAGAGCGAAUUCAGGCCUCGCGCCCAUUCAUAGUCACCGGUGUGGACUACUGUGGGCCAUUUUAUUACAAGCCUGAAGUACGCAAUAAAUCGCCCCACAAAUGUUAUGUAAGCGUUUUCAUUUGCUUCGCCACAAAGGCUGUAUGGAUGGAGUUGGUAAGAGACCUCUCAACAGGUGCUUUCAUUGACGCGCUAAAACGAUUCAUCGCUACGCGUGGCAUACCCAGCUGCAUCUGGUCUGACAAUGCGACGAAUUUUGUAGGCGCCAAGAACGAGCUUAAAGAACUACGGAACUUAGCCCUCAGCGAGAAACACCGCAGCGAAGUCCACAACUUUUGCCUCAGUAAUGGCUUUGAUUGGCGUUUCAUCCCACCUCGCUCUCCGCACUUUGGCGGUUUGUGGGAAGCGGCCGUAAAAACAGCCAAACAACAUUUCUAUCGUUCCGUUGGCUCAUCACUGCUUGGCUUCGAUGAAUUGCGUACUUUGGUAUGUCAAAUCUGUGCUGUAAUUAACUCUCGUCCUCUCGUACCCCUUUCAGAAAACCCAGAGGAUUUAGAUGUGCUAACGCCAGGCCAUUUUUUGAUUGGUGGUUCUCUGACAGCUCUUCCGGAACCGGAUCUAACGACGCUAAACUACGACCGACUUGAUCGAUGGCAGCGUGCAACAUACAUUAAACAGGUUUUUUGGAAGCGGUGGACUCAAGAGUAUCUAACUCUUCUACAGCAACGCGCAAAGUGGCGUUUACCUCAUGCCAACAUUCAAGUCAAUGAUGUCGUAUGCAUAAAGGAAGAAAACUCACCACCACUGAAGUGGCCUCUAGCACGGGUAAUCGAAGUUGUCCCUGGAGCAGACGGUGUCGUACGUGUGGCACUUUUAAAAACAUCUAGCGGCAUAACGCGACGAGCCGUGAACAAGCUGUGUGUCCUCCCGGUGAAGGAUUCUGUUGAAAGCCCUGACCUUUCAACGGGGGGGAGGAUGUUCGGAGCAGCAGCGGAUAAGCCAGCAACAUAAAAUAUGUUUAUCAAAAUCAAUAUGAAUAACGUUAUCUGAUCACACUGAAAUUUUCAUACUCAAUUGAGCUGCAUAUUUACUUGUAUGUAUUUAAACUGUGCUAAUUUUGUUUCCCCUUUAUACUAUGUAUAAAGCAUACGUAUAUACAUACAUACAUAGAUGUAUGUGCAUACGUACCACCCGCGCUCAGUUGGAUACAUUCGUAUGCAAGCAAGCGAAAAAUAGUACAUAUGUAUGUAAGCAAUAUUGUGUGCGCGGGUGCAUACGUGCAUAAAUAUAUAUAUGUAAAUUCUCAUGCAUUUAAGAAAACUGGAUUUCUAUUGUUGGUGAUGAAUUUGCAGUUAUCCAAUGUAAUUAGGACAUACUUAAAUAGUUCAAGGUGAACUUUCUGUUAGUUAGUCGCGGACCAAAUCUUGUUAAAUACAGUUGCUUAACUUAUGCAUA